AUGGGGAAGAAGAAAAAGGAGGAGACAAAAGAUGAACCAGCUGAAGAUAAACCGCCAUCAUCUAAGAAAGCCAAGGUUGAACAUGUGCUUGAAGGGAAAUCAGAAGAAGAAGUAUUACCAAAUGAAGACAACACAGUUGCACAAAGUAUAUUUUACUUCCAAGGAACAAAAGAUGGAGGCGGAAAAAAACUCCAGCUGCUUGUGUCAGCAUUUAAUAGUCAACAACUUGACCAAUAUGAAAUAUUUCGACGUUCCACAUUUCAAAAGAGCAAUGUCAGGAAACUUAUGCAGUCUAUUGUAGGAGGAUCUGUGUCCCAAAACGUUGUCAUAGCGAUGGCUGGUAUGGCUAAAGUGUAUGUUGGAGAGAUAGUGGAAGCAGCCUGUCAAGCUAGAGAUAAUAGAAAUGAAGGAGGACCCCUACGUCCUAAACAUAUCCGAGAAUCUGUUCGAAAAAUUAAGACAGAAAAAUAA